CAUAAUAGUUCAGACACGCAUCUCCAUUAUGCCAGCAUCACCCUGGGUGGACUGCAGCCAUAUACUGAAUACACAGCUAGAAUACACUGUGGAGCAGCUAAGCAUUUCUGGAGGUGGAGUGAAUGGAGCGAAGCCCGAACCAUCAGAACAAAGGAAGCAACUCCAUCAGGGAAACUGGACAUCUGGAGAGAAAUUACACCAGUUCUGGGGGGGCGGAAUGUGACCUUGUUCUGGAAGCAAGCACCAAGUUUUCGAGCAAAUGGAAGAAAUAUUUCUUAUGAAGUAACCUGGGAAAAAGUAGAAGAUGGCUCUAAUCCGGAAAGCAUCUCCUUUUCAUCAGUCUACAAUAGCACGAGGAUUUCCAUUGAUAACCAUUCCUACAGAAUCAGUAUCAUGGCAAAGAACAAUGUUAAUUAUUCACUUCCGUCAAUAUUGAUCAUUCCUAGAGCUACAGGCACCGAAGAGCUUAAAGAAGAACAGGUUAAUGGUACAGAUGAUGGCAUUUUUAUUUCCUGGGAGCCCAGACAUAUAUAUGACAGUUACAUUAUUGAUUGGUGUAACUUUCCGAUGUUGGAGCCUUGUGAUUUGCAGUGGAAGAGGUUUGGGCCCAACACUUCCAAUACUCUGAUCAACUCAGCUGCUUUUGUUCCGGGGGUGAGAUACAACUUCCACAUCUAUGGAUCUGUGGCUAAUAGAGCCUCCUUACUGGAGAAGAAGACUGGUUAUCUCAGGGAGCUACCUCCUCUGCUUGACCCUGUUGUGGAAAAAGUUGAACUGACUUUGAAUGCAGUAACCCUAUCUUGGGAUUCUUAUCCCACAAAUGAGUCACAGUCUGGUUUUGUAAGAGGCUACCAUGUUUAUGUGUCGCCUAUACAUAAGGACUGCAGCUUGAAAGGAUCCAAAAAACAUGUUCUUCCAGAUGAUUCAGUGCUAUGUAAAUACACAAUUGAAAACCCAGAAGAAAAGAGAUACACCGUGAAAAACCUAUUGUCAAACACAAAAUACAAACUAGUGGUUAAAGCAUAUACAGGUGGAGGAGAGACUCCCAUUGUUAACUUUAUAUACAUAGAUACACCGUUUAACUCAAACAUGCUGUACCUUCUAUUCCUGCUAGUGAUAGUUCCAUCACUAGUAGCAGCUAUAUGCCGCUGGAAGAUGAAGUGGGUGAAGGAGUGCUGCUGUCCUGUAAUACCUAGUCCUAACAAGAGCAAAGUGCUGUCAUUCAAAGAGUUUAAGAUUGGUUCUGAGAAAGUAUUGAAAAUAAGUGACUGCAUUCCUGACAUGCUAGCAGUGGACAGUAAGGCCGAAGCCCAGAAAUUACAUCCAUGGAGCCAGUUGUCUUCAAUGCCAACAGAAGAUAAAAUUGAUGGCCACAAUUCUUCCUGGAUUUACUCUAAUGAAAAUGAGGAGAGAGACUUUACACCCAUACCUACACCUCAUACUCAUACUUGGUUUGAAAAUUUUGCUUAUUCUUCUCAUCCUGCAGUUGAAUCUAAUCCCUGUCAAAUACCGGAGCCACUAAAAGCAGGCAAGCCAGAUCUGUCAGUAGUGCUGUACCAGCCACACUACUACUUCGAUAUUUUUAAUGAAGAUGCUGCCUCAACACCCAGAGAAACAGCUGGCAGAAAGACCAGCCUGAGAUACGUUUCACAAACAGAUGUGCACUGCCUAGGGAGGAGGCUUUGA